ACCGUGUAAUUUUACAGUGGGUGUGUUAAAACAAGCACAAUGUCAGUAUUAACAAGCUCCUCAUGGGAAGAUCUAAGAAAACAAGCACGUCUCCUAGAGAACGACAUAGACGUGAAACUAGUUGGGUUCAGCAAACUUGGCGUGAGUUCCACAGCUGGCUUGAGCGCAGAGAGUGUACCACUCAUCAACAGCGAUGACAUGUUUGAUACAAUGUCUAUGGAGCUGCAACAACUGCUCAAUAAGCUGUCGGCAAUUAAUGAUAAAAUGGCAGAACUGGCACCAGGGGGAGCUGCAACGAUGCACACUAUAAAGAGGCACAGAGAAAUACUAAUGGACUACCAACAAGAAUUCUCAAAGACAUCUGCGCGCGUAAACGCGCGCCGGGAGCGCGAGGAACUGCUGCGGGGGGGCAGCCCUCCCCCCUCUGCCUCCGCCGGCCUCAGCCGCCGCGACCAAUACGCCAAAGAAGCUAACCAUUUGCAUAGUUCACACAUAAUGGUGGAUGAACAGAUCAACAUUGCAAUGGAAGCGCGGGAGCACCUCACCACGCAGCGGCAAACGUUCAAGCGUAUGCAGACGCGAUUCAAUGAUAUCACCAACAGGUUCCCAAUGUUAAACAGUUUGAUCUACCGGAUAAACGCUCGUAAACGACGCGAUUCCUUGAUAGUUGGUCUCGUUGUUGCAGUGUGCACCUUCCUACUACUGUUGUAUGCAUUCCACUGAAGUGAUAAGUGUCCAGUGUUAGUGUGACUGUCAGAUAGUGAUUUGUGUGAUGGACAUUGGGUUGUACUUAAACAGGUCGUGUUAUAGGCAGUGGUGCAUCGAAUAUAUUAAAAGAGAAAGCAGGGCACAGACAGUAUAUGUUUCCAACUAAGCAGAGAGAUGUGAAAAUAACAAUCCUGUUGGUGAUUUACCCAUGUCUUCUUUUGCUCUAUUUGAGUGGAAAAUAUAUUCUGUUGUCCUUAUAUCUAAAAUAACCAGUACAAAUAGAGUCCAAGGAAGGAUUUGCAAAAAAAAUUUCUCUUAAGUAAGCGAGAAUAGACACCAAACUAUGUGUGAGAAAAAAAAUAUUUUUCUUUGCAGUGACUAUCAUAGUUACAAUCUUUAAUUACUGGCCCAUUGUGUUUGGAUUAUUAUUAUAUUGUUUUGUCUCACAUACCCAUGUAAGUAACAGAUGCAGAACCGGAUUUGUUUGCAUUUCCGAACAUGAUUUAGGUCAAAUUUAUUUCAGUUUAAUAAUUUAUUUAGCUAUGUAAACCGAAGUUUAUAACUUAUAAUUGUUAUUAAAAAUGAGUGCUAGGGUUAAAAUUCUCUUAAAAUAUGAUUUUUUUGUUCUCUCUGGCUGAUCAGAUCAGACACAGAGAGUUGAUUCAGAACCUUACGAUAACCCUGUAGUCGACCAAUUCGAUUUGAUUCUUUUAAUUUUCAGUCUUAUUCGAAACCGAACCGAAAUGACUUCACACCCGUACGAUUACUCGAACUUCUCGACCGUUAUUCAGAACAGUUAUCGAAUAAAAGUUACUGAAUGUCCGAUUGUUUACAAAGCAAGAAUGUAAUAUGGAAAUAUCUUUUUCUUUUAAAUAAACUGGAUUUUGUUCAAUUUUAUUAAUUUAUUUUAAUGCAAGACUAAUGCAAUCCUAUAUUUCAGGCCUUUAAAGUCUUAAAAAUGCAUAUAAAAGGAUUUUAAUAUUUCUUUUAAUCUAUUUCACCGACUAACUCCGUAAACGCUGUUGGGUAACGAUAUCGUAUCCGAAUCCGAAUUGAAUGUUUAACUCGGAAUGCUCUGAAUAACUCUGAAAGCGCCCUUCGAUUCGAGAAUGAUAUCCAAUCGAAUGAUUCAGU